AUGCGUGAAAUUAUUCACCUCCAAACCGGCCAAUGUGGCAACCAAGUCGGAACGGCUUUCUGGCAAACCAUUCACCCUGAGCAUGGCUUGGAUCAGGAUGGACAGUUCACUGGAACUGAUGAGCAACAAUCCGAGCGAUUGAACGUCUACUUCACCGAGGCCGGUAGACAAAAGUAUGUCCCCCGCGCUGUCCUGGUCGAUCUCGAGCCCGCCACGAUGGAGGCAAUCCGCUCCGGCCCGCUGGGCAACCUCUUCCGCCCGGACAACAUGGUCAACGGCCAAUCCGGCGCCGGUAACAACUGGGCAAAGGGCCACUACACCGAGGGCGCCGAGCUCGUCGACUCCGUCCUAGACGUCGUGCGCCGCGAGGCCGAGGCCUGCGACAGCCUUCAGGGUUUCCAAAUCACCCACUCGCUCGGUGGCGGCACGGGAUCCGGUAUGGGCACUCUGCUCAUUGCAAAGGUCCGCGAAGAAUUCCCCGAUCGUAUGAUGGCCACCUUCUCCGUCCUCCCGUCCGCCAAGGUCUCCGAGGUCGUCGUCGAGCCGUACAAUGCUACCCUGUCGAUUCACCAGCUCGUCGAAAACUCGGACGAGACGUUCUGUAUCGACAACGAGGCGCUGUACGAUAUUUGCAGACGUACGCUUAAGCAGGCUCACCCCUCGUACGGACACUUGAACCACCUUGUGUCGAGAGUCAUGUCCGGCCUGACGACUGGUUUCCGCUUCCCCGGCCAGCUCAACGCCGAUCUCCGCAAGUUGGCCGUCAACCUCGUGCCCUUCCCGAGAUUGCACUUCUUCACCGUCGGAUUCGCGCCCCUCACCUCUUCCGCGUCCUUCUCGAACCUUGGCGUCGCCGAGCUCACCCAGCAAAUGUUCGACCCCAAGAACGUCAUGUUGGCGUCCGACUUCAGAGACGGACGCUUCUUGACUUGCUCCACCAUGUUCCGCGGAAAGGUGUCCAUGAAGCAGGUCGAAGACCAAAUUCACGCCAUCAAGACCAAGAACUCCACCAACUUUGUUGAGUGGAUUCCCAACAACAUACAAACUGCCCACUGCUCCGUCCCGCCCAAGGGUCUCGACGUCUCGUCCACGUUCAUCGGCAACUCCACUGCGAUUCAGAACAGUUUCCGCAGAGUUGGCGAGCAGUUCAGCGUCAUGUUCCGCAGAAAGGCCUUCUUGCACUGGUACACUGGCGAGGGCAUGGACGAGAUGGAGUUCACAGAGGCCGAGUCCAACAUGAACGACUUGGUGUCCGAGUACCAGCAGUACCAGGACGCGGGCAUGGAUGACGAGUAUGCCGAGGAGUACGAGGAUGAGGUUCCCGCCGAGGAGGAGUAG